CCAGGAGAAACCGGCAGGUUUGCAACUGCAGGUAUGGAUUAUAAAGUCAUGAUGUGGAAACUAGUUAAAAAUCAAACGGAAUUACCUCAAGUAAUAUUUUUAUCAACUUUAAAACACCAUACCGCUCCUGUUAACGUGACUAGAUUCUCUCCUAAAGGUGAACUCCUGGCAUCUGCUGGUGAUGAUGGAAUUAUUUGCUUAUGGAAACUUAUGGAAAAUAAAGAUUCAAAGAAAAGCUUUGAUGAUUCUGAUGAUGAAACAUCUGAGGAUAGCGAAACUUGGAAGGCUAUUUCAUUAUUAAGGGGUUCACCUUGCGAAAUCAUAGACGUUGCAUGGUCUCCAGAUGGCGAAUAUAUUAUUGCUGCAUGCAUGGAUGGUGGUUCCAGGAUAUGGCGUGUGAAAGAUGCAAAAUGUGUUUGUGUUCUGAUGGACCAUGUUCGUAAUGUUCAAGGUGUUGCAUGGGAUCCACUUGGUGAAUAUAUUGCUACUCAGGGCAAUGAUCGAAAUGUUCAUAUAUACUCGUAUAAUAUUCAUUCAAAUGGUGUAUUUGAAAUGACUCACGUUAGCAAAAACUUUAAAGUUGAAAUUCCAAACAAAAAAAGUCAAAAGUCUUCUGUAAAAGAAGACAACACUACCAAAACAAAUGAUGACUUAACCAAACAUAAUUGUAGUGAUGAUAACCAUACUGCAAUGCUAGAAAAUUCGGAAUCUAAGAUUGCGGCAAAUGAUAUUUCAAAUAAUAUUAAUCCAAUGUCAAAUGCGACAAAUGCGAUAGAGUGUUCUGGAAGUAUAAAUACUGAUUCUUCACAAGUGCCAACGGCAUCAUCAACUCCAAAGCAGUCUAAAAAACAUUUUCGAUUAUAUUGCGACGAAAUGAUAAAUACUUUUUUUAGGCGAUUAGAUUUUACACCAGACGGUGGACUAUUACUUACACCAGCUGGACAAUAUCGCAAUUCUAUGAUUGACAUAAUAAAUAAUCAAAAUGAAAAGGAUGAAAGUAAUCAUAAGGUCGAAACAGCAAUCUUAAAUACUGUUUAUUUAUUUGCUCGAAAUAAAUUAAAUAAACCGAUUGCCUUUCUUCCGGGACAUAAGAAACCAUCUAUUGUUGUAAAAUGCAAUCAUAUAUUUUAUAAAUUACGAUUUCCUCGAAAAACUCUUCAACCGCAGAUUGAUACUACAGCAUUGCAAACAAGCUCAAAUUAUUUUAUGGCUGACAAUUCUUAUAGUGAUAAAUCAUCCAGUAAUACACCACCUCUAUUUGACUUACCAUAUCGCAUAAUUUAUGCGGUGGCGACUCAAGACUCUGUGUUUAUAUAUGAUACGGAACAGUAUGCUCCAUUGGUUAUAGCAACAAAUUUACAUUUUGCAACGUUUUCUGAUAUGUCUUGGUCACCAGAUGGAAAUUCGCUCAUGCUAGCAUCACACGAUGGAUACUGUUCUGUUAUGACAUUUCGAGAAGGAGAAUUAGGCGAACACUAUACUGAUUACGUGCCAAUGUCCAGAGACAACAAAUCCAUUAUAGAUAUACCGCAAACUAGUUUAACGGAUGCACCUUUGACUAAUUCAAAUGUUUGGCAAAAUAACGAUCAUGUAAAUCAUGUACAAUUGAUUCAAAAAAGUGUUUCUGAAACAGUUACGGUUCCAACGGAUUCAGGAUCUAUGCAACAAAAAUCUAAUGAUAUUACUCAGAAUCAACACUAA